AUGCUUCCCUCCACCCAAGCCCAUACCUUAGACUGUCACAGUAUUAAAUAUCACAACAAUUAUCAGAAAUCUUCUUAUACUGCAAAGUGUACUGAGACUUAUUGUAAUAAGAGAGCUAGAGUUGAAGCCGCAAUGAGAAACAUAGAUGUAGAUACUGAGGUAAUCUCAACCUCUUGUUUCAAUUCUGUAGAAGAAAUAGACGGUCAGGCCAACUCACCUUUUUUGGAUGCUGCCUCAAUGUUUGACAAUGACAGAGACAACAAUGAUUUUGAUGACAAUGUUGAAGAUGAAAUCAAUACUGCAAAAAACAUCCUAUAA